AAACACACGUAUAUGUAUAGGUAUAUCGUUAUUGCCCGACCAGACCACACACGACACUCGCGGUACACCACACACACGCAUGCUCCACUACGCUGACAUUAUUUUCUGACACUACAUUUCCACCGAUUUGUCGCGUAUAUAUAAUAUACAAAAUGGUAAUAAUAACGUAUCUCUUCGCCGACGCCACAGUCUGUUCAAACUCCGCAGUAGUCGGGUAUCUGCAGUCGCGUCUAGCUCCCACGUGUAUUUUGUACGUCAUAAUAAUAAUAAUAAUAAUAAUAAUAAUAAUACCCGGCAGUGUGUAUACAUUAUCAUAGUAUGUUUUAAGUGCGAUGGGACUUUGCGCGAUACGAUUGUGUGUUACAAUGUGUAUGGAAAUCGUGUGAAAUUAAAUAUUUGAUACGGAUUAACCGUCGUCGCAUGAUACUCGCUUGCUCAUCUACUAUUACCAAUAAUUGGGGUUGAUGAGCGCAUAAAUGUUUUACCUUCCUAUAUCAUAAUUGUAUACGUUCAUAUUACACACAAUCCGCAUAAUAACAGACGCCUCGAGAUCAACGGUCUUCCGCGAUCCCGUCGUACGGAACGACGCCGAAAUCGUAUAAUAAUAAUUACUUGUGGCAAAAUCGUAUACAUUUAUACCGCCGAGCACCAUUAUUUAAGUGUUUUUUGUCACGAUCGUAAAUGAAAUUUGUAUUAUAUUAUAAUGUAUAAUAUUGUAUAAUUUUCAUGUAACAUAGGUACACACGCGCCGCACGCGUUUAUAAUAACUUUGGCCGAACGUUGUCGUGUCCAACAAGGUCGUUGUUAUUGAAGAUCAAGGUCCCUCGACGUUAAAAUUAUAUUAUAAUAUACUUUAUUACAACUUUUUUUAUUAUUUCUUUGUUGUUUUUUUUUACUCGUUGUAAAUUGUAAUAAAGGGGUUGUCCGUGAACUUCACAAAUAUUUGCAUUUCCCCGUAUUUUAUGUUUUAACAUAAAAGCAAUAUCCAGACAAGUUGUCCAACCGCCGCCUGCCAUGACAUCGACGCUGUACAAUAAGAUUGGACUUAUACCCAAGCAGAAACCGAUUAGAGUAAUGAUAAUGGGACAACCCGGAGUAGGGAAAACUGCGCUAUUGGUGAGGUUUGUGACGAAAAAGUUCAUCGGUGAUUACGACCCGAACCUAGAGAAAAUGUACACGUACCAAGUGUCAAUGGAAUCGGAAAUGGUGAACUUCGAGAUAUUGGAUACCGCCGGAUACGUACAAGAUAAAUCUUGCAACUUGGAAAUGAACAUGCGCUGGGCCGACGUGUUCAUAUUGGUAUACUCCAUUACGGACAAAUGUUCGUUUGACGAUUGCAGUAGGCUCAAGUUUUUGAUUAACUACAACAAAAAGAAACGUCGUCUCUCCACUAAAGAUCAUCCAUUUGAUGUGCCAGUGAUACUAGUUGGUAACAAAGUGGACCAACAAUAUGAUCGGAUGGUGACGUACGCUGAAGGUCGGAAACGGUGCCAGGAACUUGGGUGCGUGGCUUUUCAUGAGAUUUCAGUGCGGGAAGAUGUCGAUCAGGCAUAUGCAGUAUUUAAGGAAGCGUUCACAUGCUGGAAAUCAAUGUCUAAAAAUCCAAAACUAAAACGUUCUUCUUCUGAUCACGGUGCAGAAGCACUCUUCAAUUCAGCAUCUAGAUUCAUAAGUUGGCCGUUAGUGUUUGGCGACAGCGCGUGCAGUUCAUCAAAUCGUACGGAGGACACUCCGGAGUUCCGUGCCAGGGCUUCGACGGAGGGACACAUCCGGUCGGGCGCGACGGCUUACCGGUACCUGCCCACGUUGUCAGCAAGAGGAAGUAUUUGCUGCUACUUGAAGAAAUGAGAGUCAACACCAUCGCGUGUAUACAUACACAUAGAAAUAAUAUUAUUACAUCGUAUUAUUGUGUAUUUAGCAGUAAGCUAUAUAUGUCGCGAGUGGCAUCGAUAAUAUAUUCUCUUGAUGCACAAACGCACAAUAAAAUAUACACCGACACCAUCGAUAUGUAUUGUGAAUUUUCAAUUAAACGCUAAUACAAGACGUA